AUGGCGCGGGAGCUCAGCCAGGAGGCGGUGCUCGACUUCCUGUGGGGGGCCGGGGGCAGCGCCCCCAACUCCGCGCUGCUCCGCCACUUCGAGCGCUUCCUCCGCGACCCGGCGCUCAGCGACGCGCAGCGGCGGCAGCGCCGAGACCGCUUCAAGCGCCUCGUCAACUCCGUGGCCACGGUGCGCGCGGCCGCCACGCCCGGCGCCUCCAAGGACAUCGUGCUGCGCCGCCGCUACCGCGACCUCCUGGGCGAGGAGCAGCUGCGCCCGCGGGACCCGCACGCGCGCGACCCGGAGCACGAGCAGGACGAGCCGCCGUUGCCGCCGCUGUCGCCGCCGCAGCCCCGCGACCGCCCGCGCCAGCUGCCCUUCGCCAAGCCGCCCCCGUACCGCGGCCGGCCACCGCCAGGCCCUGCAGAGCCACCUCGCUGCCUGCCACCGCUGUCGCGACAAGAUGAGCUACCCACGUAUGAGUCCUUGGUGCCACCACUGGGAUCCAGGGAACCACCUGCAUCCUGCUCCCGGCCACCGCCGUCAGGCCCUGGGGGGCCACCUCCGUCCUGGGACCUGGCACCUCUGUCAGGAGCCAGGGAGCCACUUCCACCUCAGCGUCUGCCACCAUCAGGACCAAAGGAGCCACCUGCAUCCCAGUCCCUGACCUCGCCAGCAGAACCUGGUCCUCCAAUCCCAGCUCAGUCCCUACUACGACCAUCAGGACCAAAAGAGCCUGCUCCAUCUCAGUCCCCGCUGCUGCUAGAACCCAGGAAGCCACCUCUAUUGCAGGUCCCGCCACCCUCAUCAGGAUACCAGGAGACACCUCCAUCUCAGUCCCUGCUGCCACAGUCGGGACCAAAGGAGCCACCUCCAUCCCAGGUCCUGCCACCAACAUCAAGACACCAGGAGACACCUUCAUCCCGGUCCCUGCUGCCACAGUUGGGACCAAGGAAGCCACCUCCAUCCCAGGUCCCGCCACCAACAUCAAGACAUCAGGAGCCACCUGCAUCCCAGUCCCUGCCGCCACAGCUGGGAGCAAAGGAGCCACCUCCAUCCCAGGUCCCGCCACCAACAUCAGGACAGCAGGAGCCACCUGCAUCCCGGUCCCUGCCACCACAGCUGGGAGCAAAGGAGACACCUCCAUCCCAGGUCCCGCCACCAACAUCAGGACAACAGGAGCCACCUCCAUCCCAGUCCCUCCUGCUGCUAGGACUGAGACCCAAGGAGCCAUCUCAGUCCUUGGCCACACCAGCAGGUCCCUACAAGCCACCUCCAGCCUCCUUGCUGUCACCACCAUCGGGACCACAGGAGCCACCUCCAUCCCAGUCCCUGCGGCCACCAUUGGGACCCAAGGAACAACCUCCACCUCAAUCCUUGCCAUCACUGUUUGGACCAGGGAGGUCCCAGUCCCCGCUGUCACCAGAGGGAACCAGGGCACCUCUCACUAUUGGGUUGCCCCGGUCUCUGCCACUGUCCCUUGCUGGGCCACUCCCAUACCGGGCCCGGCCCCCACCAGGCACCAAAGGGCCACCUCCAUCCCAGUGCUUGCUGCCACCAGCAGGACCUGAGGUGCUGCCCUGCAAUGGGCCACCCCAUUCUCAGUCAGCGCCACAGCCGGGGGAGUCUGGGACGCUGUCCCCCACUGCGCCACUGCGAUUCCAGUCCCAGUCCCAGGCCCUGCUGUCAGCCCCAGUGCCUAGAAUGCGGGGGUCCCCAGAGCGCAGCCCCCCCAAGCCAAUGCCAGUCUUCAGGAGCAUCCGCUGCCAACUGGCCUCACUGGAGACUCAGGACAUCCCCCCAUCAGGGUCAGAGGUGGCCAGGGAGCAAUCCCGCAUGCUCCCUCCUGCGAUCCCCCCACGGAGCGUGCCCGGCCGCGGCCCGACGGUGCCUCUGGGGCACCGGGAGCACGCCUGGCUCGUGGCCGUGUCAGCAGGGCGCUGGGCUCACAUGCGGGCGCUCUUCUGGGAGGAGCCGCAGCUGGCCCUGUGGCGGGACUUCAUGUCGGGCUUCACAGCCCUGCACUGGCUGGCCAAGCACGGUGACGGGCAGGGCCUGCGCGAGCUAGCGGCGGCGGCGCGCGAGGCUGGGCUGGCCCUGGACGUGGACGCGCGCUCGGGCUGCGGCUACACGCCACUCCACCUGGCCGCCAUGCAUGGCCACCAGCCCGCCGUCAAGGUGCUGGUGCUGCAGCUGGGCUGCCGUGUGCGCGUACGGGACAGCAGCGGGCGCCAGCCCUGGGAGUACCUGGGCAGCUCCACCUCGGGAGAGAUCUGGCAGCUCUUGGAAGCGCCCCGCGGCAAGGUCAUCUUCGCCACUCAGCCCCUGUCCCGCAGCGUGUCCUCCGCGAGCAAGGCCCCGUUGCUGACUGGCAGGGCCUCGCUGACCACCUGCCUCAAGCCACAGCGUGGCCUCAGGGCAGCGCCCCGCCGAGCUGGCGGCGACAGCGACUGA